AUGAUUUUGUGGUUUCGUCUUCUUAUAAUGAUCGGUAUUAUAUUAAUUUUGAUCGACAGCAAAUGGAUUAACAACCAAGAAGGAGAAGGUGGUGGUGAUGGUCGUGGUAGUCGUGUUGAUCGUGCUGCAGCAGUUGUUGAAGUUCUUGGAGGUUUCGGAGAUAGAGGAAAAAUUAAUGGAGUACCCAUAGCACCUAUCGUUGGUGGUGCAGUUGGCGGUGGAAUCACCCUUGCAAUUAUUGUAGGUUGCUGUGUAAUUUUUUUUACAUGUUUCCUUCCAUGGAUGAAAGGUCGUCCAUUAUGUUGUCCCAAAUUUUAUAUUCAUGGAGCAAUACCUAUAGGUUCUGAUAUAAGCGAUUUAAUCUUUAUAUCGGGUACAUUUGCAAGUUAUCAUUAUAUAUCUGAUGAAUAUUAUGGUCCAUAUGAUAUGAUACUUGGAUUUUAUCCAGAAGCUGGUUAUAUUGUUUAUGGAAAAGGAAAAGAUAAUGUGGGUACUUAUGUUAUAAAAGGUAUUUAUUCAUCAAAAACACUUCGAAUGAGUUUGAAAAAACAUUAUCAACUUGGAACAGGAAAUUCAGAAGAAAAUUUAGGUCAUAAAGCAACUGUUCAAGUAAAAUGGGAUCGUAUUAAUCAACAGUUUGAAGGCAAAUAUUAUGUUCGAAAUAAAUUGCAUCAUUAUGAAAAUAAAUAUGUAAUUCGAUAUGAAGGUGCAUAA